AUGAGGAGAAGUUCUGAAAUUUCACUGAUUCUGCAGCUACAGGUCAACAACAAGAAGACUGAAGAAUGGAGGAUCCAUUUCAGCGAUGACCACAAGAUUGGAUCGGGUAGAGAUGGGUUUCUCUACUAUCAAGCGGCAUCUAGAUGGACGACAGUUCGAGAUCGAGAUCAUGACAUUCUCGCGGGACGCUAUUUGGAUGUGGAUGAACAGAUCCAAGCAGGUGCGUGUUUUGCUAUUGAUGAUUUUCAAAUUGUCGUUCGCGAGUGUGUGCAGGAGAGUUUGCUUGAGGAGGAGUCGAUUGAAUUAGUCGAUCUCGCGUCGGACUCCGAGAGUGCAGCACCUAAGCCAAACAUCGGAGGACGGUUUUGGGUGCUUGCGGAUCAUGCUGAUGCGGACGAAGAAGGUGAGGGCGAAUGCAUCUUGUCUGACGAGACCGAGCCCAACGCGAUCAUGCAUCGGUAUGAUUCGGGCUUGGUACGAGAUCCGGCUAAGGGGCACCAGGACAAGAAGGUUCUCGAUCAAAAAACGGAGGGACACGGUAAAUCCUUGUCGAUGAAGAUCAAGCCGUGGAAAGGACCUAUUCCCAAGGUUUUAUUCCGAGCUACGACGCUGCCCCGUAUGUGGUCCUUACUCACUCCGAUGGAGGCCAGGGAGCGUUUGGUUACUGGAUCUGUCCGGUGGGAGAUGGUAGCGCGGGAUAUCUUCAACCGGUUUGGAUGGCGGCCAUGUAAUAGGAUAGGCGAUUAGUUUACCUAUCUUUGUUUUGCCAGCCGGUUGUGGCUCUAUGGCCUUUUUUUGCGGCGUUGAGGCUCUUUGUGAGUUCGCCUUUAUUUUGUUUUGUUUCCAGACUUUAAGAUGUUGUUGAACCUUUUUACUUAUUUAUUAAUGUGGCCGUAUGCAUCGUUCUGAUGCAGAGGCCGGGGAGUCCCCCCUUUUCGAAAAUAAAUAAAUUCAAAACACACCAUUUGGUAUAGUAUUACGGGUUUUCAGCAAGGUGCAUCCGACAAGAGCAUUUGCAAUGCAUAUACUUUUACAAAAUCAACAAAAUAUCAUUUGCGGUUACAGCUAUACCAAGAAACACACUCCCAUCAUGCCACAUUAUCCCAGCAAGUUAAGAGCUUUGAAAGUGUUGGGACAUGUGUAAACUAUAGCCAUGUCAAUUGUUGUUCCACUUUGCAAUUAUUGUUUUGUCCUUGUUUGUUGCAAUAUUCAGUUUUUAGUUGCUUAAACCGUAG